AGGAUGAACCUGUGCUCAGUGGGGAUCUUCUGUGAAGAUCUGCUGCUGACUCUUGAGUGAAGUUACCAGGAUCACAGGAGAAAUCUUUGGAAUCUUCUAGAUCUCUCAAUACUAACUUUAAUCAUCACAUUUUCAAACAUCAUCAAUCGCUCUUUGGAAUUUUGUAGAUUUGGUUUUGGUCGAGUCGAAUCACACUAGUAGUCAUGUCGACUGCCCAGGUGAUCACCCGUAAAGGCGUCUACAACUACUUUCUCAACAUGGUGGCUUACCAGAUAUGUUGCUGCUGUGGUCCGGCUCCCUGCUCGCUGUGCUGCUCCUUCUGUCCACCCAUCAGGUCGUCCACAAGCACCCGUCUGAUGUACACUCUGUUCCACAUCAUAGCCUGCACUGUGUCAUGCCUCAUGCUGUCUCGUACUGUCUCUGAGGCUGUGAGAGAGAACGUGCCUUUUUUUAAUGUGGUCUGUGAUGAGGCCCAUGGUGGAGGAAACUGUGAGAUGUUGGUGGGAUACUCUGCAGUCUACAGGGUCUGCUUUGGCACAGCCUGCUUCUACCUGAUGAUGGCUCUUCUUCUUGUGGAUGUGAAGUCUAGCCAGGAUUUCAGAGCUCUCAUUCACAAUGGAUUCUGGUUCUUGAAGUUUAUUUUACUGCUUGGGAUGGUCGCAGCUGCCUUCUUCAUUCCCACUGACUCUUUCCUGCAAGCCUGGCACUAUGUCGGAGUAGUGGGAGGUUUUUCUUUCAUCCUCAUUCAGCUCAUCCUCAUCACUGCUUUCGCUCACACUUGGAAUAAGAACUGGUUAACUGGCGCAGCUGAAGAUAAGAAGUGGUAUGUGGCAGUCAUGUGUGCCACCUUCUUUUUCUACACCAUCACCACUGCAGCCUUUACCUUCAUGUUCAAGUACUACACACACCCGGCUGCGUGCCAACUCAACAAAGUACUGCUGUUUACCAACCUGGGCCUGUGCACAGUCAUGUCCUUCAUCGCUGUCACUCCCUGCGUCCAGCAAAGACAGCCACGCUCAGGACUUCUGCAGGCCUCCAUCAUCAGCUGCUACGUCAUGUACCUGACCUUCUCCGCACUGUCCAGCCGUCCACCUGAGAAAGUGCUGUACCAGGGUGUGAAUGUGACCGCUUGCUACCCGAACGUGGGCAGGGACGAGAUUCAAAAUGAAGGAAAUGCUGUUGCUAUCAUCGGGGCUGCCAUUAUGUACUGCUGUGUGCUGUUUGCAUGUAAUGAGGCUUCUUACUUGGCUGAAGUUUUUGGACCUUUCUGGAUGAUUAAAGUUUAUCGAUAUGAGUUCCAGAAAGCCACGUGUUGUUUCUGCUGCCUCGAACAAGAGGAAGCAAAGGAAGAGUUUGUAGUUGACAACGAGACCAAAGGCUGCCAGAAAGUGAUCCAUAACGAGAGUCACCGUGUGGCCUACAGCUACUUCUUCUUCCAUUUUGUGUUCUUCCUCGCCUCCUUGUACGUCAUGAUGACCCUCACCAAUUGGUUCAGCUAUGAGACAGCGGUGUUGGAGACCACAUUCACACAUGGCAGCUACUCUACCUUCUAUGUGAAGCUGUCCUCAUGCUGGGCUUGCGUGCUGCUCUACCUCUGGCUCCUCUUGGGCCCUCUGUGCCACUGCCGCUCUGAUCCCAAACAGCCACAACGCUCACGGAUCAAAAGACGGAUGGCUUCCCAGUGCCAUGUGAGCGUCAGUGUGUGAGCUUUCCUCAGAUCUCACGGUGUCACAGGGUGCAGCUUAGAAAGAGCCUUUAUCUUAGCAAGAAAUGUGCACGUCCAGAAUUUUACUACAAGCAUUCUGAUGCUUCAGAAAAAUAACUGGACUCUAUCGAGCAUUAAGAUGAGGCUAGAACAAUCUAUAUGUUUACGAUUACGACGACCGAGCAGUCGCCGGUUUUGCCAAAAGGAAUUACAAAGGUGAACAAGAUACCUGUCCCUUUUUCAGAUAGGAAUAAUGUCCACUUUCUACACCUCGUCUAGUGGACUGUUGUUUAGAAGACAUCAGACAAUAACUGGCCCUGAUCUGUUCACGAGAACUUUAUAUAGUUUUCUUAACAAAAACUUUGAAUAACUAUUUAUGUGGAUUAUGUUAUUUGUUCUGUUACUUGCUAUCGUUAUUGCUCAGUGAUCUGUUUCUGGCACAUAAGGCAGCCAUAUGCUGCAGGCAAUAGGUCCAUCCGGUUCCUGGAUGUAGUGUGAAUGCAAGCUUUGAACUGUAAUCAUUUUACUAGACCAACCUAACCCUAAUUACAGGUUUAAUUUGGAGCAUUUUAUGUCACUGUCAUGAAAAACAAGCUAUUUUUGUAAAUAUAUUUCUAACAAACCACACAUAAUAAGCUGUUUUUGUGAAGUUAUUCAUGGAAAUGCCUUUAUAGGAAAAAAU